AUGUGCGACAAUGAUAUGGCAGACAUACAAUCAAAGCUUAGUUCCUUUUGCGAAGAGAUCAGAGCUUUGGCACUCAAAGAAGGUUAUAACUUAGAAGGUGAUAAAUCACCUUCAAGUAAACCUUAUUUUAUGUCAUGGCCAAAGGAAAUCGAUGUAAAUCAUCCCAAUUUCGCCUUCUUCACAAAACUACAGUUUCAAUAUGAUAAGAGUUUAGAAACAAUUCUUAACAGUUGUUACUUACAAGAAUUGCAGCUGGACCCUACUCGCAUUAUUGAAACUCUGCAACAGCAUUUCAACAAUUCAAUUCUCCGAUAUGCAGAUAUAGAAAACAUUUCUGACGUCAAAGAUGAGUCUCCCAUGUCAUUCGACACAGAGCACGAGUGUACUGAUACCUCAGAAGAUAUUUCUGAUAAAUCAGAAAUCUCUUCAACAAAUUCAGAUAAUCCAAUUCAAAAUUGCUACCCAACAUAUAAAAGAUCCUUCAUCAAGCAUGAAUCCAGAGGAAUACUGGAAAAGAUCUUCAAAGUUAAACAAUGUCCUAAUACCUCUGAGCGAUUAUACAUCGCUCAGAAACUUGAUUUGACACCAUCUCAAGUUAGGAUAUGGUUUACUAACAAGAGAAUGAGAGCUAAAAAACAUACUACUGGUAAAGGAACUAAACGUAAAUCAAAGAAAUACCCGAGCUAA